AUGUCGGGUCCAAACGAUCACGACAGUCGAGGUGAUCCAAGUCGCCAGGAUCAUACUCGUCCUUGGAACGCCCCGGAGGAUCAGGCUGCUUAUCCUUAUCCUCCAACUUCCUAUCCUCCUCCACCUGAUCAGGAUCGCGCCUACCAAUAUCCUCCUCAUUCACAGUACGCGUCUCCGCAUUAUCCCCCUCCUCCACAGUAUCCGCAAACGCAAUACCCCCCGGCUCAGCCGUAUCCGCCUUCUGGAUACCAGCACCAGAGCAUGAACGCCAUUCACGGAGCGCAAGAUCCUUACCGGCUUCCUCCUCCACCGGGGCCAUAUCGCGCAGAUGCGUAUGGACACCCUCCAGCAGCACAAGGGGGACCUUACCAAGCAGCAGCUCCAAGACAGCGAACGGCCAUUGCGUGCCGAUACUGUCGACGCCGGAAGAUCCGGUGUUCGGGAUUUGAUACCUCCGCAGAUGGACGGUGCAGCAACUGUGUCCGAUUUAGCCAAGACUGCAUGUUUACUCCGGUAUCUUCACAAACCCAAGCAUUCGUACCGGCCCACACCGCCUACCCUCAUUUACGACCUGGACAAAAUGGACCAGGACCUGGUCGCGGUGGACCACCAGUCCUGUACGGUGCUCAUGGACAACCACUACCUCCUCAGCAGCAGCCGCAAGGCCCCGAAACCACCCUGCCGCCGCCCCAAGGGAUGUACUAUCAGAACGGACGCCCUCCCAUGGAUGGUGCCCCGCCGCCCCUUGCAUCAGGCAUGCCCGAUCCGAGACACCGACGAGGCUCCAAUUCGGGAUUUGAGUACCCUGAUCCGACCAAUCUGGCUCCUGUCACGCCCGCCGGGUCCGCUCCCGGAUACCAGACUCACACCACUCCGAGCCCUUACGCAUAUCCCCCUCCGCCUGCGCUCGAUCGACGCACCUCGCCGCCCUCGGCUUAUAACUAUGAUACCCGCCAUUCCUCCUCGCCUCACGGAUCACCCUAUCCCCCCAUGCAGCCCCACCAGGCUCCCAUGACACCUCACCAGGGAAGCGUGCCUCCAGUUCAGGGAGCACCCCCUCCACAGGGUGGAUCGAUUGCGCAGAGUAGUACUCCGCAGCCAGGGGGUGUCACACCGCCUCCCACGUCCACACCCGGUGGCUCGCAAAGAGGUGGAUUGAAUGUGCGCGACAUGCUCAACCCAGGGGAUUCCCAAGGCCGAUCCAGCACCGAUAGCGACAUGCUCAACGCGCUCAACCGCCGUGGCCCGCAAUAA